AGCAUGACUUCAUCGUAGCUUUCUCUCCCAAGUAUAAUCCCAUGUCUUCUUUUCCCUAUAAAAUCCCAUGUCACGGACUUCUUUAAUUCACAGUUCUGUCUUUGUGUCACAUACUUUCAUAAUCAAAGACCCAAAAACCGAGAUGGGAUUUCGUUCCCAGGCCUUAAUCUCUUGGCUUCUUCAAGUUCUGCUCUUGUUGUUGUCUUUGGAGCAAGCAAAAGCUGUACAGUUCAACAAUGUGACCAGCUUAACAAGAGGAAAGAAGCAAGUGAGUGGUUGCAAUUUGUUCCGAGGCAAAUGGGUUAUUGAUCCUUCAUAUCCUCUCUAUGAUUCAAGCUGUCCAUACAUAGACCCUGAGUUUAAUUGCCAGAAGUAUGGUAGACCUGAUAAGCAGUACCUUAAGUAUGCUUGGAAACCUGACUCCUGUGACUUACCCAGGUUUGAUGGGAUUGGAUUUUUGAGUAAGUGGAGAGGGAAGAAGAUAAUGUUUGUGGGUGACUCACUGAGUCUGAACAUGUGGGAAUCGUUAUCAUGUAUGAUUCGUGCGUCGGUACCCAGUGCUAAAAACAGCUUUGUGAGGAAAGAGUUACAGUCCUCUGUGACUUUCCAGGACUAUGGAGUGAGUUUGAUUUAUUACAAAACAACAUACCUUGUAGACAUAGUGAGAGAAGACGUGGGGCGAGUGCUGAACCUAGACUCAAUCCAAGGUGGAAAUUCAUGGACAGGGAUGGACAUGCUGAUCUUCAACACGUGGCAUUGGUGGACCCACACAGGAAACUCUCAGCCGUGGGAUUAUAUCAGAGUGGGGACCAGUUUGUAUAAGGAUAUGGACCGAAUAACAGCAUUUAAUAGGGGUCUCAACACAUGGGCUAGUUGGGUUAAUCAAAAUGUUAAUCCUUCCAAAACCAAGGUCUUCUUUCAAGGGAUUUCUCCCACCCAUUAUCAGGGCAAGGAGUGGAAUCAACCCAAAAAGACUUGUUCUGGGCAAGUUGGACCCCUAACUGGGUCAACCUAUCCGGCAGGUGCCCCUCCGGCUGUUGCAGUGGUGAACAAUGUGUUAAGCACAAUUAAGAAAACAGUUUAUUUGCUUGACAUAACAACACUCUCACAGUUAAGAAAAGAUGCUCAUCCCUCAUCUUAUAGUGGUGAGCAUUCAGGCAAUGACUGCAGCCACUGGUGCCUUCCUGGAUUACCCGAUACCUGGAAUCAGCUCCUAUACGCAGCUCUCAGCAAGUGAUUGCUAACUCAAAGAAACAAUUUCAAAAAUUUUCCAAAUCAUUGUUUAGUAAAUUUAGGAGGGGGGUACUUAAAUAUCUCAUUUUAGUUCAUUGGUGGAUUAUAAAAAGCGGGGCAAAGAUCAAUUGUAAAGUAAUUGAUUAUUUCAAACAGAAUAAAUUAUUGGGCAUGCAGAAGAAGAUGGCAUUGCAUAUUGUGAUUAGGAAAGCAAGAACUCAACGCUGAGAAACCUUAAAUUUGUUCAGUUAAGAGUUCUAAUCUAUUGUUUUCAAAAUUGAAAUCUAGUGUUGUUCAUCUAGUAUCAACUAUGUACUACUGUAAUGGUACAAUUUAAUAAAUAUUGCAAAAGUUUUUAGAUCC